AUGUCAAGAAAGCGGAGUGGACACAGAAAGAAGGAGAUGACAACAGACUGUUGUAGUGCUAUCGACUCUAAUGCAGCGGUAACUGAAUGGACAGCUCCGGGAGCUAUAUCUGGCGCAACUGGCGGUUUUACGAUUCUAGCCGCGAACGCAAUAGCAGAAGGCAGCGCUGCUGGGACAGCCCUCUUUACAGCCACAGCAACUGUUGGCGGUACUGCCUCCUAUGUUCUCGUUAAUGAUGCGGGUGGUAAAGGAACGAUAGACGCUUCAUCUGGCGUAGUGUCCUUGGCAACCGGCCAGACGCUUGAUUUUGCAACGGAUGCAACUCUAAUCUUUGAAGUUGAGGCUACUGAUAGUGUAGACAGCGGUACUGGGACAGCCACCAUUACCCUCCCUAUUUCGAACGUUGCACCAGCCUACGCAGAAGCACAAUUCACUGCAUGCGUUGAGGACAACUCUGGCGCUGACACGUUGGUGGGCACAUACACAGCCACAGACGCAAGCAAUACCAUCACAUACUCCAUAAACUCCGGAGACACCAACUCUGACUUCGUUUACGGGACAGAUGGUACACUGAAAGUGGCGACCAGCAAGACGCUUGACAAAGGCACAAUGGCAACCUACACUUUGGUGCUUCAUGCCGCUGACCCCGAGCCCCUUGCCGGAUCAGCAACGGUGACGUUGAGCGUCGAGUCAACAUGCAGCGGCGCGGAAGCCUUCGGUGCUAUGUUGGCGUCUGUGCUACUCUCUGCGAUUGUUUCUUAUCUGAUAUAAUUUAAUGAGUUCUAAAGUUACCGAAGAGAAUCUCUUUCAACAAAGCUGAAAUUAAGGAUUAACAGAUUAAUGUAAGGAACUAACAACCAUUAUAAUAUUAUAAAAUAAAACAAACAUAACGACCACAAUCAAAAUAACACAUAGGCCCAUAUUCCAUGAACAUUCUAAAAACAAAUCGAUGCAUAGUUUUUUAAAUUUCCAGCUGUAUUUUGUUAAAUUUUCUGCUUAAAAUGAAUACCUUAUAUGUCUGUAGUGAUAAC